UUCUUGAUAAUCUUCUACUAUAUAACCUCCAAAUAUUGAUCAUUUCAGUUAUCAACCCUCUAAAAAUCUUGCACCAAGAGUUCAUUCUAUACAACUGUUACAUGCAUGCAAUGUACUGAAUAUUCUUGUUCAUUUUAAUUUUCUUAUGAACAAGAACAACUCUCCAAAAUCUUAAUCAUUUCUUCAGUGAACCUCAGAAUCUUGAUCAUUCUUUAGCAACUAUUCAAAAGUUUUGAUCUUUUCUACUAAUCUUAUACAUAAAUUAUCUGUUCUUGAUGUGUUACAAUUAGUAUUUAUAACAGUGUGGAAAAGAGAGAAAAAAUGGAGGACUCGUUUUUGGGGGAUGAGUUAACAAGAUUGAGGUGUAAUAGUAGGAUGAGUAGUUGGAGGUCAUCUCAGAGUAUUAGGGAAGUGUUUGGAGGGCCAAGGGAUGUUUUCAUGAAGAAUUACAGUACGCGGUGGAGGGAGAUGGCGGAGGAGGAGGAGAAGGAGCUGAAAUGGGCGGCGAUAGAUAGGUUGCCAACGUAUGAUAGACUGAGAAAAGGGAUGAUGAAGGAGGUGAUGAACAAUGGGAGGGUGGUUCAUAAUGAAGUUGACAUGACUAAGCUUGGUAAUCAAGAAAAAAAGGUUCUAAUGGAGAGUAUUCUUAAGGUUGUAGAAGAUGAUAAUGAGCAAUUCCUUAGAAGACUCAGACAUAGGACUGAUAGGGUAGGGAUAGAAAUCCCAAAAAUUGAAGUGAGAUUUCAGAACUUAAGUGUACAAGGAGAUACAUAUGUUGGGACAAGAGCACUUCCUACUCUGCUAAAUUCCACCUUGAAUACCAUAGAGGCUGUUCUUGGAUUGAUUCAUCUCUCUCCAUCCAAGAAAAGGGUUGUUAAAAUCCUUGAAGAUGUGAGUGGAAUUAUAAGGCCAUCAAGGAUGACAUUACUCCUAGGGCCUCCUGGUUCAGGAAAAACAACUUUUUUAAAAGCACUUGCUGGAAAAAGUGAAAAAGAUUUGAGGGUGACUGGAAAAAUUACAUAUUGUGGGCAUGAGUUUCAUGAAUUUGUUCCACAAAGAACAAGUGCUUAUAUUAGCCAGCAUGAUCUGCACCACGGAGAGAUGACAGUUCGCGAAACAUUGGAUUUUGCUGGUAGAUGCUUGGGUGUUGGAACCAGAUACGAUUUAUUGGUAGAGUUGUCUAGAAGAGAAAAAGAAGCCGGUAUAAUGCCAGAUCCUCAAAUUGAUGCAUUUAUGAAGGCAACAGCAAUAGAUGGCCAAGAGACCAGUUUAAUUACAGAUUAUGUACUCAAGAUUCUCGGAUUAGAUAUUUGUGCUGAUAUCAUGGUUGGAGAUGAUAUGAGAAGAGGCAUUUCAGGUGGACAAAAGAAGCGCGUCACUACUGGGGAAAUGUUGGUUGGACCAGCAAAAGCAUUUUUUAUGGAUGAAAUAUCAAAAGGGCUGGACAGUUCCACCACUUACCAGAUCAUCAAGUUUAUGCGGCAAAUGGUUCACAUUAAUGAUAUAACUAUGGUUAUCUCCCUCUUACAGCCUGCACCCGAGACGUUUGAUCUAUUUGAUGAUGUUAUUCUCCUAUCGGAUAGUCAAAUUGUCUGCCAGGGUCCGAGGGAAAACAUUCUUGAAUUCUUUGAAUACAUGGGAUUUAGAUGUCCAGAAAGGAAAGGAAUAGCAGAUUUUCUUGUGGAAGUUACUUCCAAGAAGGACCAAGAACAGUAUUGGUUUAGGAAAAGCAGGCCUUAUGUAUACAUAUCUGUUCCUGAGUUUUCCGAGUCCUUCAAUUCUUUUCAGAUUGGUGAACAAAUUAUUGAGGAACUUACAAUUCCAUAUGAUAAGCACAGCGUUCAUCGUGCAGCAUUAGUGAAAAAUAAAUACGGUAUCUCCAACCAGGAACUAUUCAAGGCAUGCUUCUCAAGGGAAUGGCUGCUGAUGAAACGCAGUUCCUUCUUGUACAUAUUUAAAACUACUCAAAUCACAAUUAUGGCAGCCAUUGCAUUGACAGUGUUCUUAAGAACACAAAUGAAAGCUGGCACUGUAAAAGAUUCUGCUAAGUUCUGGGGAGCACUGUUUUUCAGUCUCAUCAAUGUGAUGUUCAAUGGGAUGCAAGAGCUUGCGAUGACAGUUUUUAGGCUACCUGUAUUUUUCAAGCAGAGAGAUAGCUUGUUUUAUCCAGCAUGGGCUUUUGCCUUACCAAUUUGGGUGCUAAAAAUUCCCAUUUCAGUAAUGGAAUCUGCUAUAUGGAUCAUUCUUACAUACUAUACCAUUGGCUUUGCCCCUGCAGCCAGCAGGUUUUUCAAGCAGUUAUUGGCAUUUGUUGGUGUCCAUCAGAUGGCUCUUUCUUUGUUCCGAUUUAUUGCAGCAGCAGGAAGAACACAAGUAGUUGCAAACACACUUGGAACCUUCACUUUGCUUAUGGUGUUUGUACUUGGAGGCUUCAUUGUAUCAAAAGAUGAUAUUCAAGAUUGGAUGAUUUGGGGCUACUAUUUGUCUCCUAUGAUGUAUGGACAGAAUGCAAUUGCCAUAAAUGAGUUUCUAGAUGAUCGAUGGAGUGCUCCCACAAAUGGUUCUCAACCAACAGUAGGAAAGACACUUCUUCAUGCAAGAGGCUUAUUUACCACAGAAACCUGGUAUUGGAUAAGCAUUGGAGCACUUUUUGGAUUUUCACUUCUCUUCAAUGUUCUCUUCAUUGCAGCUUUGACAAUUUUAAAUCCUAUCGGGGAUACUAAAGCUGUCAGAGUUGAGGAUGGAGACAAAAACAAUAGCAGGCCACAAGAAACAGCAAUAGUUGGAGAUAUUCAGAUGGCUCCAACACGGUCUCAAGCUAACACCAGCUCUGUUAUUCCUUUCCCCAAUAAUGAAUCAAGAAAAGGAAUGAUCUUGCCGUUCCAGCCCCUUUCACUAGCAUUCAACCAUGUGAAUUACUAUGUUGAUAUGCCUGCCGAAAUGAAGACUCAAGGAGUUGAAGAAGAGAGACUGCAACUUCUACGAGAUGCUAGUGGUGCCUUCCGGCCUGGAAUUCUCACUGCCUUAGUUGGUGUCAGUGGUGCUGGAAAGACCACUUUGAUGGAUGUCUUAGCAGGUCGAAAAACAGGUGGAUACAUCGAAGGAAGCAUAAAUAUUUCAGGUUACCCAAAAAAUCAGACAACAUUUGCUCGUGUCAGUGGUUACUGUGAACAAAAUGACAUUCAUUCACCAUAUGUUACUGUCUAUGAGUCUCUCCUCUACUCAGCCUGGCUACGUCUUGCCUCCGAUGUAAAGACAGAAACACGAAAGGCAAGUCACAGUAACAUAAAUCUGACUCCACUUUUGUACGAACUGUGUAUUAAAGUUUUGACUAACCUUGUUCCUCUCCAAGUGCAGAUGUUUGUAGAAGAAGUCAUGGAAUUGGUUGAGCUCAAACCGUUGAGGAAUGCUCUUGUUGGGCUUCCCGGGGUGGAUGGUCUUUCUACUGAACAGAGAAAGAGGUUGACCACUGCCGUUGAAUUAGUUGCAAAUCCAUCUAUCAUUUUUAUGGAUGAGCCAACAUCAGGACUUGAUGCAAGAGCUGCAGCAAUUGUCAUGCGUACUGUCAGGAAAACAGUGGAUACAGGAAGAACAGUCAUCUGCACGAUCCACCAGCCAAGCAUCGAUAUUUUUGAAGCUUUUGAUGAGCUACUUCUGAUGAAAAGAGGAGGACAAGUAAUAUAUGCUGGACCUCUUGGUCUUCGUUCUCACAAGCUGGUUGAGUAUUUUGAGACCAUACCAGGGGUUCCUAAAAUCAGAGAGAGCGAUAAUCCUGCUACAUGGAUGCUUGAUGUGAGCUCCUCUUCCAUGGAAACUCAACUUGUUGUCGAUUUUGCUGAAGUCUACACCAACUCCAAUCUUUAUCAGAGAAAUCAACUGCUAAUCAAGGAACUUAGCACACCAGCAACUUGCUCGAAAGAUCUCUACUUCCCCACUCAAUAUUCGCAAUCCUUCAUAACUCAAUGCAAGGCCUGUUUCUGGAAACAGCACUGGUCAUACUGGAGGAAUUCACAAUACAAUGCAAUUAGAUUCUUCAUGACGGUCAUCGUUGGAAUUCUAUUUGGUGUCAUCUUUUGGAAUAAAGGGAACCAAAUACGCAGACAACAAGACUUGCUUAAUCUGCUUGGAGCAACUUAUGCAGCUGUCAUGUUUCUAGGAGCCACAAAUGCUUCUGCAGUACAAUCUGUUGUGGCUAUUGAAAGAACAGUUUUCUACCGCGAAAGAGCUGCUGGAAUGUAUUCAGAGUUGCCCUAUGCAUUUGCUCAGGUGGCUAUAGAGACUAUAUAUGUUGCAAUACAGACCUUUGUUUAUUCUCUUAUCUUGUUUUCCAUGAUUGGAUACCAAUGGACAGCAGAAAAGUUCUUCUAUUUCUACUACUUCAUAUUCAUGUGCUUCACCUACUUCUCAAUGUAUGGCAUGAUGGUUGUUGCUUUAACACCUGGUUAUCAAAUUGCUGCCAUUGUCAUGUCCUUUUUCCUCAGCUUCUGGAACUUAUUCUCUGGUUUUCUUAUUCCUCGCCCGCUGAUUCCAGUGUGGUGGAGGUGGUACUACUGGGCUUCUCCAGUUGCUUGGACAAUAUAUGGGAUUUUCGCGUCCCAGGUGGGAGACAGAACCGAUGAACUUAAGCUCACUGGUGAAACUGAGAAAAUCCAAGUGAAUCAGUUCCUGAAAGAAUAUUUGGGCUAUGAUCAUGACUUUCUUGUAGUAGUGGUUUUUGCCCAUGUGGGUUGGGUUCUCCUCUUUUUCUUUGUUUUUGCUUAUGGAAUCAAGUUCCUAAACCACCAAAAAAGGUAGAAUGGGAGAAAUUUCUUUGCACCCCCUAAAGUUUCUCUUAGAUAAAUGAAACUGUACAGUGUUAUAGCUGUAACCUUGUUACAAAGGAGGAGAGUUUGCUUCUUAAGUUUCAUUAAACUAUGAUACGUGUUGCAUUCCUUAUAUUCCAUUUCCCCUAUUAGCUUUCUUUC